UCACGCCUCCGUAGUGGAGUCAGUGGUCAGGGCUUCAACCCAUCCGGCGACCAUGAAAAGGCUUUGUUAAAGUCCAUAUAUUCGUAGAGCCUUCAUGAAAAGCGCAGAGCUGUGGAGUUAUUGACUGUAGGUUCAGGGGAUUAACACUAGCCAAACGUGGCUAAGCUAGCUAAUAAUAACACUGUGUCAGCGACAAGUUGAACAGGUUAACUUUUACUGUGCAUUGACACCGUUGUAGUCUGGAAACUGCUACAGAUAUGCAAGUCAAGGACUGCAUCGUGUCUGCUCCGGGGAAGGCGAUCCUGCACGGGGAGCAUGCAGUUGUUCACGGAAAGGUGGCGCUUGCUGUGUGUUUGAACCUGAGAACGUAUUUACGGCUGAAAGCCACCACUACUGGUAAAGUUUGCAUCAACCUCCCAAAUAUUGACACAUUCCUCUGCUGGGAUCUGUCUGAGCUGAAGAGGCUUAUUCCAUACUCCUAUGGUAAGCGGGAGGAGGUGAAACUUCUGGAUGCUGAACUUGUGAGGAGACUACGUGACUUUUUUGGUGUAACAAAUGGAAACUUGGAUACUUGCAACAUGGCCACUUUAUCUUUCCUCUACAUCUACCUCUCCCUGUUUGGACCAGGGGAGCUGCCCAGCCUGACGGUGUCUGUGUGGUCGGAGCUGCCGACGGGAGCAGGACUGGGAUCAAGUGCUGCCUACUCUGUGUGUUUAGCUGCAGCUCUGCUCUGCGCUAGUGGAGCAAUUCCUACUCCUCUCAAAGAGUGGGAUCACACUGCCAAGUGGUGUCAGGAGGACUUGGAGCAGAUCAACAGCUGGGCCUUCCAAGGGGAGAUGAUCAUCCAUGGUAACCCUUCUGGAGUCGACAACGCUGUCGGGACGUGGGGCGGCAUGUUGAGGUUCUUGGCUGGGAAGAUUAUUCCACUCAGCAGGGUGCCGUUAUUAAGAAUCCUCCUCACUAACACCAAAGUACCACGUAGCACCAAGGUACUUGUUGCCAGGGUGAAGGACAAAAUUAACAAGUUUCCCUCCAUCAUGACCCCCGUGCUUGACUCGGUUGAUGCUGUUUCCUGCACUUGUGAGAAAGUCCUCUCAGAGAUGACCAGCAAGCCCAUCACAGGAGAGCACUACAAUAUUUUAGAGGAGCUCAUUGACAUCAACCAGCACCAUCUGAAUGUGAUGGGUGUGGGACACCCUGCCUUGGACACACUGUGCCAGGUCACACUGGCCAGAGGGCUCCACAGUAAGCUAACAGGCGCUGGGGGAGGGGGCUGCGGCAUCACUCUUCUGAGACCAGAAACGGACUCCUUCGUUGUCCAGGGUACAAUUCAGGACUUGCAAGACCGCGGCUUUGACUGCUGGGAAACAAGUAUUGGUGGCCCAGGUGUCCAGCAGCACUCUCCUCUCUCUAUUAAGGAGGAUAUUCUGGAGAUUUUAAAUCAUUACUGAGACCCACCUGCGACUGUGGAUGAACAUUUUUUUGUACCUCAAGACCCGGGGUAGCCGAACUGCUGCAGUGGAUCGAGGGACAUUUUCUCACUGACCAGAACUGGACAGAACUUCCUGAAGUAUUAAUUAUAGCUUCUUACUGAAGUUUUGAAGCUAACAAGUCAGCUGUGUCUUCUGAUGAUUACUGAUAUCUCUUAACCACAAUGACUGAAAUCAUUUUUGGUUUUCGGUGCAGCUUCCCAAACACAGUACUAAAAGGUGUAAUUGUAUAUAAUAAACUAUUUGUCCAGUAGAUGGCACCAGAAUCGCACCAAUGCCUUUUAGUGGAAAGGGAUUUAUGGCAUAUGGCUCUGAUAAAUUGAUUAAUGUGUAAGGUAGGUGCUGACAGAAUAAAGGUUUAAAGGUUUGUAAGGGGGGAAAAAAGGAAAACACAGAAAGAAAGAAGUUUUGAAAUUAUUUGUUUGGUUCAUCAACAAAACACAACUAAUAAGAUAUUUUUUUUGCUUUAGACUUCACAAUUCAACAAAGAGCCUUUUGAAAGUAGUAAUAAAAAUACUGUUCAGACUAUUUACAUGAGAUGUAAAGCUUCAGUCUUUUUAAUUAUUAUGAGGAUGGAUGUUUGCUGCUUUGAAUCAACACCUCCCUGUAUAAUGCUGCAAUGCUCUUUUAUUGUGCUUUACUUUUAAUGUAAAUGCUGACAUGUAAAAGACCAAAGACUACUAAGCAAUUUUCUCCAAUCUAUUUUAAAACUAUCAGAAAUAGUUUGUGAUAGUAUACAAUAGUAAAGUUAAAUAUUAUUCUCAGAUGUUAAUUUCCUCUGUUGGAGAGUAACUGGCUGUGUUGUUUUGCUAAUAGAGGAUGGGGAAGGGGCACAGCAGGAGUGUGUAGCCUCUCUGGAGCCUCUGGAUUAGUGCCAUUAUAAUGUGAAUCAACAACAACCAGCGUCCUUCUGUGAGUCACACAUUUGUACUGACACAUAUGCGUACACACACACACACACACACACACACACACACACACACACACACACACACACACACACACACACACACACACACACACACACACACACACACACACCAGCUUCCCCAAAUUCUUCUCCACCUAAUCUCUCAUCCUCCUAAGCAUUACAAAAUAUUCUGUAAAUGCCGUAGAUAGAGAGGACUGAUAUGUUUAGAAUAUCCCUGAUUUGGGAAAAGGUCACUGUGGGAUUCGUAAGGUUUGAAUAUCCAUUUCAUUUUCUAUUUUUUAAAUGUCAUGAAGAUUGAGUGGUACGAAUGUGGCAGUGUACGUGA